GACAUGCGCAAUGCACUCACUGACCUUCCUUAUGCGGCCUCGUCCAGUAGCUAAACGAGGACCUUGAGUGUGUAUGACAUUGUUCUUUCAUUUUGAUUAAUCUGACAGAAACCGGACCAUGCCGGGUUCGGUGGAGGUUCCCACUUUUAAUGACUUGAAUGUUGAGGAGAUCAGUGUGUCAUCUGCGGUGCUGAAGGGAGCUGCCCACCACUAUGGCUCACAGUGUGACAAGGCCAACAAGGAGUUCAUGCUCUGUCGCUGGGAGGAGAAGGACCCUAGGAAGUGUCUGAAAGAAGGGAGGAAAGUCAAUGAGUGUGCACUUAACUUCUUCAGGCAGAUAAAGGGGAGCUGUGCUGAGUCCUUCACAGAGUACUGGACCUGCCUGGACUACUCCAACCUGGCAGAGCUGCGUCAGUGCCGCAAGCAUCAGCAGGCCUUUGACAGUUGUGUGCAGGACAAGCUGGGCUGGGAGAGACCCAACCUGGGAGAACUGUCCAAGGUGACAAAGGUGGACACCUCUCGUCCCCUUCCUGAGAAUGCUUACCACUCGAGACCCCGGCCAGAGCCCAACCCUGUGAUCGAGGGCCAGCUGCAGCCAGCCGAGCACGGCAGCAGACUCUUCUUCUGGAGCUGGUAAAGGGUAAUCUUCCCAGCCUCCGCACCAAUCCUCACCUUAACCAUUAGUGAGGGGGGGGGGGGUGCAAAACUAGGGGCAACUUCACCCUACACCGGAAGGCAGUCCCCCAGAGCCUAUCCCAUCAUGCCUGCUGUCUUGUCCAGUACAGCCACCAUCAUCAGACCUGGUUGGACCGGAAGGGACGUCUGCGUGCACCGGCCAUCGUCACAUCUCCUCCUAUGUUGUAGAAAUGAUCAUGAAUGAACAAAAACUACUUGUGUUUAUUGUUGUGAAAUAAAUACUAAAUGUUGAA